GCAAUACUUGAACUUCGUGCUCAAAUGCUCAAUUCAAUUUUAUUAGUUUUUCUGUAAGAUGCGUUUCAUCUAUACAAAAGAGUAUGAUAUAAAAAGUAAAUGUUUCAUGUAAAUCAUUAGAGUUAACUAUUAGUAUUUCAAAAAUGCUUAUUAAUUCUGCGUAUACGUGUCUAUUGUUCUUCUUAUCAACAAUAUUAUUAGUGACAGCCGGUCGUGACUUCUAUCAGAUACUUGGCGUAACUCGUUCAGCAACAACAAAUGAUAUCAAAAAAGCUUACAGAAAAUUAGCAAAAGCCCUGCAUCCAGACAAAAAUCAGGAUGAUCCAGAUGCAUCCCAAAAAUUCCAGGACUUGGGCGCAGCUUAUGAGGCUUUAUCAGACCCAGAGAAGAGAGAACUGUAUGACAGGUGUGGAGAAGAUUGUUUAAAGAAAGAUGGUAUGAUGAACAAUAAUGAUCCUUUUGCGAGUUUCUUUGGUGACUUUGGUUUUCAUUUUGGUGGGGAAUCGCAGCACCACGAAACACCAAGAGGGGCGGAUGUAGUAAUGGAAUUAACUGUAUCCUUAGAGGAACUUUACAAUGGCAAUUUCAUUGAAAUCACUCGCAACAAACCAGUUAUAAAGCCAGCAUCAGGAACAAGAAAGUGUAAUUGUAGACAGGAAAUGGUUACUAGGAACCUGGGCCCUGGCCGUUUCCAGAUGAUGCAGCAAACAGUCUGCGAUGAAUGCCCUAACGUUAAGUUAGUUAAUGAAGAAAGACUCCUAGAAAUCGAGGUAGAAGUAGGUGCCCCUGAUAACCAUAAAACUAAACUAAGAGGUGAAGGUGAGCCCCACAUGGAUGGUGAACCCGGAGAUCUCAUAAUUGUGUUCCAUACUGAAAGGCAUCCACAUUUCACAAGGAAAGGAGAUGACCUCUAUACUAAUGUUACAAUAUCUUUGCAGGAUGCUUUAACAGGCUUCACGCUAGAAUUGAAACACCUUGAUGGCCACAAAGUGACUAUCUCUAGAGAUAAAGUGACAUGGGCUGGGGCCCGUGUCCGUAAGAAGGGUGAAGGAAUGCCCAACUUUGAAAACAAUAACUUAAAUGGCAAUCUUUAUGUUACCUUUGAUAUUGAGUUUCCUAAGCAAGACUUUACUGAUGAUGAAAAGGAAGCUCUACGGAAAAUACUUAAACAAUCACCAAAUAAUAAAGUGUAUAAUGGACUCUAGUUAAUUAUUGAAAUUAAUUUAUUUAAGUAGUAGUGAGUUUGAAUGUGAUUGUGAAUUGUCGUCGAUUCGUGCAUCUACAAUUUUUUGUAUAAUAAAAUGACAGACUUACUGAAACUC